CCUCAUCAGCAAUUGAGUCGACAAAGAAAGGACUGCGUUUCUGGCACCUGCACAGACUAAUCCAAUAGCCAUAUACAGAUAUAUAGAAAGAGAGAAAAAGAGAAAGAGAGAGAGAGAAAGACUUUGCUCCGGCUACUCUAGAGAGAGAGAAUCUGUGCAAUACUCUGUGUGUGUGUAUUACUUUGUAAUUGCAGGUUGCGUUGGCUAAAUCGAGUUCUUUGCCUGAUUUGUUGAGCUCUUCUUCCGUUCGUUUAACCUUCGGUUUGUGCUGAUUUGUUCUGAAUUUUGAUUUCAAAGACGAAGAGUCUUUCAGAUGAUCAGAGAUCUGUGUUAAAGGAUAUAUAUAUUAGAAAUGGCGUCUACAGAUGUGUCUAUCGGAGGAAACGUCAGAGGAGAACAAGAUAACUUCUCUUCUAGUUACAACAAACCGACUGAUGCAGCCGGAAAAGAAGCUGCGUUAUACACGGAGCUAUGGCGCGCAUGUGCUGGUCCUCUCGUAACUGUUCCUAGAGAAGGCGAACUCGUCUUCUAUUUUCCUCAAGGACACAUUGAACAGGUUGAGGCGUCAACUAAUCAGGUAGCUGAACAAGAGAUGCCGAUUUAUCGUCUUCCGUCGAAGAUCCUUUGUCGUGUGAUGAACGUGCGGUUAAAGGCUGAACCAGACACGGAUGAGGUUUAUGCACAAGUGAUUCUGCUUCCAUUGAAAGAAGAUGAGAAUCAAAUGGAGAAGGAGAGUCAACUUUCACCCCCUGCUAGUUUUCGUGUACAUUCUUUUUGUAAGACACUCACUGCCUCAGAUACUAGUACUCAUGGGGGAUUUUCUGUGCUAAGACGGCAUGCUGAUGAGUGUCUGCCUCCAUUGGAUAUGUCAAGGCAGCCUCCAACACAAGAGCUAGUGGCAAAGGAUUUGCAUGGAAGCGAGUGGCGUUUCAGGCAUAUUUUUAGGGGUCAACCACGAAGACAUUUGCUUCAAAGUGGGUGGAGUGUCUUUGUGAGCUCUAAGAAACUUGUUGCAGGGGAUGCAUUCAUAUUCCUAAGAGGCGAGAAUGGGGAACUUCGCGUGGGAGUAAGGCGUGCUAUGAGACGGCAGGGCAAUGUCCCAUCUUCGGUUAUUUCCAGCCAUAGUAUGCAUCUUGGUGUACUGGCAACUGCAUGGCAUGCUUAUACAACAGGAACAAUUUUCACAGUGUACUACAAACCCAGAACUAGUCCAGCUGAGUUCAUCAUACCUUUCAACCAAUAUAUGGAGUCGGUGAAUAGUACUUAUUCAAUAGGGAUGAGGUUCAAAAUGAGGUUCGAAGGCGAAGAAACUCCAGAACAGAGAUUUACUGGAACAAUAGUUGGGAUUGAGGAUUCUGAUCCUAAAAGAUGGCCAGAAUCUAAAUGGAGAUAUCUUAAGGUACGAUGGGAUGAAAGUUCAACUAUUCCUCGUCCAGAUAGAGUUUCACCAUGGAAAAUCGAACCGGCUCUAAGUCCACCUGCACCAAAUCCCCUUCCAGUUCCAAGACAAAAACGGCCUCGUACAAACAUGUUACCUUCUUCCCCUGAUUCGUCUGUACUCACCCGAGAAGUAGGCUUGUGUAAGAUGGUGACAACGACGGUAGAUCCUCCUAAUUAUCCAGGAAGUGGAUUUUCAAGGGUCUUGCAAGGUCAAGAAUCAUCGACCUUGAGGGGCGGUUUGAAUGAGAGUAAUGAAUUAUUAGCAAAUACCUCAGAGAAAGCAGUAAUAUGGGCAUCUCCAGUGGAGGGGGAGAAACUUGAAUUGGUUUCUGCGUUAAUGCAGGGACAUGGGAUGCAUUCUUCUUCAUCUAGAUCGAAGUCUGUUUAUACAGAUUUAUUGUCAGGAUUGGGAACCCAACAAUCAAUUGGUUCUACUAGGGGUGAUUUCUAUUCACGACAAACUGAUCAAAGUUCUGGUUUGUGGUCUCUACUACCACAGUCAACUCUCUCGCUUAGUCUGUUGGAUUCUAGCACGAACAUGAACACGAACUAUCCCCACCAAGGAAGUAGAAGAAGUAUUGAUGGGCAAGGAAGUUGGUUCAUGCCCCCACCUCCAUCAUCGUCAUAUUAUUAUCAUCAACCAUCUGGUCUUACUCUUCCCCCUCCACCUCCUCCUAGGGAGGUAAUUAUUCCAAGGCCUGUAUUGAGUGUAGAGUAUGAGAGCUUGAAACCGAAGGAGGGAAAGUUCAAACUUUUUGGUAUAUCCCUUACUAACAGUCCUCCUACUACUCCUACUCCUGUCGCAUUGGAGGCAGUACAAAAAAAGAACAAGUCUUCUAAAUUGGUUAAUCAUGAAACUUCAAGCAGCGAGCAGAAACGGAGUUCAACAAGGAGUUGCACAAAAGUUCAGAAGCAAGGGAUAGCACUUGGUAGGUCGGUGGACUUGACAAAAUUCAGGAAUUACGAAGAAUUGUUGGGGGAAUUGGAAGAGAUAUUCGAAUUCAAUGGUGGGGAAUUGAAAGGUAAUGAGAAGAUUUGGUUAGUGGUGUAUACUGACGAUGAAGGAGAUAUGAUGCUUGUUGGUGAUGACCCGUGGCAGGAAUUCUGUGGGAUGGUGAAGAAAAUCUUCAUAUACAAAAGGGAAGAGGUGCAGCGAAUGAAUCCAGGUGCAUUGAGUUUGAGUUCUUCGAAGACGACGACAACAACAACAGCUAAGAGCGCGGAAGAGGAAGAGGAGGAAGAAGAUGGUGAAGAGAAUACUGAAGUGAUGAAGAAAAAGAAGGUAAUUAGACAACAUUCCCCAUCCAUUACCAGCACUAACUAGUUAAAUAGAUAUUGACUGACUGUUUUCUCUGUUUAGUAAAAUGGUAGUAGUAGUAGUAGUAGUAUUGGCUAUUUUGAAUUGCAAUUUUGGAAGGAAACCAAAUGGGUUGUUGGGAAAAGCAUAAUAUUAGGUUAUUUGGGUGUUAUUAUUAUUCUAGCCCUUUUUUCUGUUUGUAAAUAACUAAAAUUGUUAGCUUUUGAAAACAUUACUUACUAGUAAGUGUUUAUUUCUAUGAUUAUGUAGUGAAAUUGGUGUGUUUG